AUCCAGGAGGGGACAAGUAAAAUCUGGAAAGACCCGCGUGCAGGUUCAUCUAUCAUAGAGAAUCAAAGGGAGAACAGAGGGAGAGAGAAGAUUGAAGAUUGAAACUUGGAUCUGUGAGAGAGAAUAUGGCUUUGAAUCCUCAACUCUUUCCCAAUGGAAUGCCCGUUCCUUUCGUCAACGAGAUGUUUGUGCUGGCCAGAGACGGCGUCGAAUUCGAUAUCGAUAAGAUUCCUGCCUCUGGAAGUCAUGGGGGUCAUGUCAAAACCAAAGGAAUCGUCUAUUUGUCAAAUAUUCGGAUGGUCUUCGUUGCUAAAAGUCCAGUUGGGCAAUUUGGAGCUUUUGAUAUGCCUUUGCUUUACGUCCAUGGAGAAAAAUUUAACCAGCCAAUAUUUCACUGCAACAAUCUUGCGGGACAUGUUGAGCCUGUAGUCCCUAAUGACCAACACAGAGCACUUUACUCCACACAUUCAUUUAAGAUCAUAUUCAAAGAGGGUGGAUGUGGAACCUUCAUUCCCCUUUUCUUCAAUUUGAUUGCUUCAGUGAGGCAGUAUAAUCAACACUAUAAUAUGCAGCAGGCACAAUCUUAUGUGGAUCCUUUGCAGGCAGCUCAGACUCCUGUUGAUGAGAUGAUGAGACAUGCGUAUGUUGAUCCUAAUGAUCCCACGAAAAUAUUUCUGCAACAACCCAAUUCUGAUUCUGAGCUUAGGCGUCGAACGUAUCAGCCACAGGCAGAUGGGGGCCAUGUCUAAGUCUGAAGUUACACUGCCAUCAUCAUCACUCUUCAUCGUACUAUGUUUAUAUGAACAUUGUGUAUCAAUAUCAAAAUAAAUUAAAAUCAUAUGACAGACUAAGUGUGUGCUUGGAUGUAAAGUUUAUAGAAUUAAUCUUAGAUCAACGCCAUUUUAUACAAUUUAUUAUAGUUCGAAUUGAUUUGAGGUA